GGCAAACCAAAACAUUUCAUGAAGACAACAACAAUACCCCCCCUCGCCUCAUACACACACACACACACACUCACCAAUGGCAUUCGAAAUGAUCAAUUGAAGAAAUCAUGAAAUGAUUAAUAAUUAUUGAAUAAAUUCAUUAAUCAUUUCAUUUAUUAUUGAAUUCAAUCCAUUAUUUUUUUUUUAGAAAAAAAAUUGAUUAUGACUAUUGAUCUGAUCAUAAAUAAUAAUCAAUUACAAUUAUGUAAUAAUUUACAUGAAAGAGAUCAUGUCUCAUUUAUACAAUCGAUUAUAUCAGUGAUCCUAUUAAGUCUCAUAUGUUUAUUAGGUAUUAUUGGAAAUAGUUUAGUAAUUAUUGUUUAUUGUAUUAAACCUAAACAUUAUACUAAUCGUUAUAUGAUGAAUCAGCAUACAAUCAUAAAUAGUAACCAUAGUAAUAAUAAUAAUAAUAGUAAUAAUAAUAAUCCCUUGGAUACUAAAAUGACAAAAAAAUUUGGCACUCAUUCAAUUUCAUUGAAAUCAUAUAAAUUACCAUUAUAUAAAAAUAAAUUAAAUCAACAUAAUUUAAUAUUAUUAUUGGCAUUUAUUGAUUUAUUCACAUGUGUUUUUAUAUUACCAUGGGAUAUAUAUCGUGUUGCUAAUUAUGCCUAUGAUGAAACUAUUCCUAUCUUAUCUAUAAAUGAUAAUAAUAAUAAUAAUCUGAAUCAGAAUAGUUCUUCUGGAAAUCGUAUUGAUAUAAAUUCUAAUAAAGGAUUCUAUAUAAAUUAUCAAUUAAAUAUUAUAUUAACAUUAUUACGUAAUAUUAUAUUUGCAUGUGAAGGUAGUGUAUUAACAGCGAUUGCAUUUGAACGUUAUAUGAUACUUGUUAAACAAGAUCUAUGUAAAUCAUCUCUAUGUUGUCAUCAUUUAUUGAAUAAUAAUAAUAAUAAUAAUAAUAAUAAUGUCACUUCAUUAUUUCAUAAGACUCCAUCGAUUCAUCAUACUAAUCAUUCGAAUGAAUUAACAAGAUCAUCUACAACAUUGAUGAAUAUCACUAAUCAAAAAGAUAAGAAUCAUCUAUUAUGUUCAUUGAAUAGAUGUAUUACAUCCAUAUUGAUUCUAGUGAUUAUUGGAACAUGUUUAUUUGAAUGUAUAUUAAUUAUAUUGGAAUUAAUGAAAUGGAAUUGUCAAUUCACUGAACAAUUACGUGAAUUAAUUAAUCAAAUUUAUAUUCUAUUAACAUUUAUCUCAUUUAUUAUUAUAACAUAUUUAUAUGUAAGAAUAUUUAGAAUAGUUAGAGAGAAUGAUUUAAGGAAACAACGAUGGUUAACUACUAUUCAUAAUAAUACAAAUUAUACAUCAAUGAAAUUAUUGAAUAAAUCAAAUUCAUUUUUACAAUCAUCUAUCUAUAAUAAUAAUGAAAUAGAACCAAUAUUAAAGGUAACAAAUGAACAUGACACCAAAAUACAUCAUUGUGAUACAACACAAUCUAGAAGAUAUGGAUUAUCAUUUAGAUUAAUGAAACAAUUAAGUUGUGAUCAAGUGAUUACAAAACAACCACAACUACAACAACAAGAACCACCACCAGCACAACAACAACAACAAGAACAAUGUUAUCAUCAACAUCAAUUAGAGACAAGUAUACAAUGGAAUAUAUUAAAAAGACGUAUUCUAUUAAAAACACCAUCUAUAUCAACAUUAUUUGAACAUUCAAAAGCUAAACAAGAAUCUAAUAAAUCUAUAAUAUCAAAACAUAAUAAUCAAUCUAUUGGAACAACAACAACAACAACAACAACGACAACAACAAUAUCGUCUUCAAUAUCUCCAUUAUCUGUAAAUCGUUUAUUAUCUAAACGUGUAACACGUAGUCAUCGUACAGGUUUAAUGAUAUUUAUUUCUACUGUAAUAUUUUAUGCUACAUUAUUUCCUGUUUUAUGGGUACAUUUUAAAUUUUGGUGGAAAUAUACCAUCAUUGCUACUCCUACCACCACUAUCCCUACCGCCGCCAUGACCACUACCACCAACACCACCAUCACGAAUUACUCUACGAAUCAAUUACAUAAUAGAACAAAAUUUAUUCUUAAUAAUCAAGAGAAUGAUGGAAGUUUUAUGACAACUGUACAUCAUGAAUUUUAUUAUGUCAAUAAUGCUGUGAAUUUUUUUAUUUAUUCAUUAUUUAAUCAAAGUUUUCGUGAAAGAUUAAAACGUUUACUUGCGAAAUAUUGA